UUUGAUCGCGCGACAGGCCGCGGCGCGAGCGGGGCCUCAUUCGACUCCAACCGCUCCCGUCUCUCGGGAGAGCGUGUUUGAGAAAAAAAAAAAAUAUAUAUAUAUAUACAUAUUAUAAUAAAAAGGAUAAAUAAGAACGGGGCAAAGGAGCGGAAAAAUAAAAAGGAGGUGCAUUGAACCGAGAGAAAACGGGAAGAGGAUCGAGCACCGACAGAGGUACCCGCUGUCCCACACUCACACGGGACCCCGUAAAGGAAGCGAGGACAGCGGACGGACCGACCGACCGACAGGGCCCAGGCGAGCGAGCUACACUGACUGGAAAGGGACGGGCCAGACGCCUGCUCGGCGAGAAAAGGAGACGGACCGGCGGAGGCGGGAGGCUGGUUCUGAGGGCUGCGGCCAAGGGAACAGACUCAAUGAGUUUCCAGCGAAAUGUCAGAGAAGUCAGGGCAAAACACCAAGGCAAAGGAUGGCAAGACCAAGUAUGCAACCCUUAGCCUUUUUAACACCUACAAGGGCAAGUCUUUGGAGACCCAGAAAACAGCAGUCGCUGCCAGACAUGGGCUCCAGAGUCUGGGCAAAGUUGCUGCCAGCCGGCGCAUGCCCCCCCCAGCCAACUUGCCCAGCCUGAAGGCCGAGAACAAAGGCAACGACCCCAACGUGAACAUCGUACCCAGGGACGGCAGCGGCUGGGCGUCCCGGCAAGACCAACCCUGUGACGAGCGGCAACAGGAAACACCACCCCCUCAACCCAAACAAGGGACUUCUCAGCCUUCAGAGGCAACUGUCAGCACCAGCCGUUCCUGGGCAGCCAACAAACAACCUGGGCAAGUAGAAGGGCCAGCCCGAGUCAACAGCCAUUUCCAGCAGGAGUUUCCCAGCCUGCAGGCAGCCGGCGAGUCUAACAAACCAGGGGAGUCAGAGGAGGAGCCCUAUGGACCGGGCCCUAGCCUGAGGCCACAGAAUGUUGGCAGCUGGCGCGAGGGUGGGGGCCGCAAUCUGAACACGGCGCCAAGCCCCUCAGAGAUGGAUAGCAAGGUGUCCGAGGAGGAGGGCGGUCGCAGCACGCCUUCCCCCACCGCAGGGACCACUGAGCCUCGCAAGGAUAAGAAGGAGGCCCGGGAGAGGCUGCCCCCCUGCGCUCAGCCCAAGCUGAAUGGGGGACAGCCUGGCCAGGCGGGGGCUCCUUCCCAGUUCCAUCCCCCUUUCAGCGGCAUGAUGCCACCUUAUAUGUUUCACGCUUACCCCAGGAUGUCAUAUAACCUUCCUCCAAGCAGCCUCAGACCCACCAUGUCACAGCAGGAUGGAGCCAAAGGCCCGCGGGCUGCCGGUCGGCCCUCCCAGGCCUGGCCUCAGGACCCCGACCGGCCCUCAAUCAUCAGUGCCACAGAGCUGAAGGAGCUUGACAACCUGGACACGGAGGCCGACGAGGGCUGGGCUGGUGCCCAGAUGGAGGUUGACUACACGGAGAAGCUCAAUUUCAGUGACGACGAGGAGAAUCAGACAGGAAAGGACAAGGCAGACUGGGACUGGAUGGGUAAAGUGGAGCGAGCUCGUCAGCGCAGCACCGAAGCCCCAGAGUGCCCUGAGGACCGAGCGGUGGGCAAAGGAUCAUGGGUCGAUGGCGGAGAUCCCCGAGCCGUGUCUCCUGGAGGUAGACAGCAGGCUGGCAAGAUGGCGCAGCAGCAGGAGUACCAGGCUCAGUCAGGCCGCGCCGUGGCAGGUGGCGCCCCCCGGCAGGGAAAACAGCAGCAGGUGGCGGCUGAAGAGGACUCUGAGGUAUGGAGGCAGCGGCGUAAGAAGCAGUCAGAGGUAUCAGAGGCAGUGGAGCGGGCGCGGCGGAGGCGCGAGGAGGAAGAGCGUCGAGAGGAGGAGCAGCGGCUGGCCGCCUGCGCCGAGAAGCUGAAGCGACUCAAUGAGAAGCUCCGCCCUGCUGAAAGUCAGUCCUCGCCCCCUGUUGGCUCGUCGCGAGAGGAUAGUGGCGGGAUGGUAGCAGAUGUGCCCUCAGUGGGGGUGACCCCAGCUGCCCCAAUUCAUCCACUGGAGGAGGACCCCACCUGCGGGGAGGAGGCGCAGUUUUCGCCCCAGCAGCCUGACCCUCCGGAAGGGGCAGUCUGCAGCCCCGACCUAGGGGCAGAGCCCGACAGGCAGGACAGCGCAGCGGAGCCGGUGUCCACAGGAGAUGGGGGCAGCCUGGAGGAGAGGCGGGGUGAGGAGACCGCAGCACCUGUCUUAUACGAGGACACCCCGGCACUCGCUCCCGAGGCAGAAGGCGAAUCAGGGGCUGCCCUACGCCCCUCGCUCACCUCUGGAUACUCCAAGCAGUUUCAGAAAUCGUUGCCCCCUCGCUUCCUCCGACAGCAGGAACAGAUGAAGCAGCAGCAGUGGCAGCAGCAGCAACAGCAACAGCAGCAGGGAGGCGCCGUCUCCCCCUCUGGGGCCCCGGUCCCGUCCCCGCAUCACCGGCCACUUUAUCAGCCCCUGGGGCCACACCCUCAGCACUUAGCCUCCAUGGGCUUCGACCCGCGUUGGCUCAUGAUGCAGUCCUACAUGGACCCCCGCCUCAUGUCAGGUCGCCCUCCCUUGGACAUGACGGCCAUGCUGCCAGGGAGAAUGCCCCCCAAACAGGUGGUCCGCAGAGAGCCCGCGGACAGCGCCACUUCAGGGUCGGACUCCUUCGAGCACAGCCAGCGCCCUGCGAGGGAGCAUGGCCUGCCCAAUGAGCCACGUGUGGUGUGGGGCUCAGACACCUAUGAGCCUCUGCCUUCUGUCACGCCCCCCAAAAAGCAGGAUGGGACCAAAGAAUCCAGGCUGGACUCGGGAGUAGAUCUGGAGAGAGGGCUGCCCGCUGCUUACGGCCUGGAGCACAGUCAACUGGAGGCCAGAAGCAAGAGCGACUUCUUCCCAUCGGAGGCCAUGUCCGGCUUUCCCCAAGUGGACGUUGCAGGGCUCUUGCUCACCGACCGGAGCCCUGUGGAGUCCGCCUUCGACCUGAAGGAGUCCGGCAUCCCGUGUGGCAACGAGGCUGAAGAUGUGCCUCAGGCUAGCCUCAAGAGGAGCGUCUCACAGGGCUCUGGUCACUCCCUGAAGCUGGAGGAGCCUCGCUUGGAGGGCGUCUCACUUUCCCAGAAGACACUGGAGCUCUCAGAUUCGGGGGAACAGCCAGAGGACAAGCCGUCUAAAGAUGGGGCCCCUGGCUCCUCGGGCAGCAGCCGCACCACACCCCCUGUGGAGGCUCAGCACAAACCGGAGAAGCUCCCCCUGCCAGUGUCCGGCAAACCCAAGCCGUCGGAGAUGCGCUGGGGUGCCCGGUCUGGACAAGGGCGGCGAGAGGGUCCAGCAAGCGAAAGGCCCGUGAGGCGCUCAGGGCCAAUCAAAAAGCCCGUCCUGCGAGACAUGAAAGAGGAGAGGGAGCAGCGUAGGGAGAAGGAGGAGCGCAGCGAGCGGGGAGAGCGUGCCAAGAAGGAGGUCCCUGUCGCCAAAGCCCCUGCCUCUGCCGCACCAGAGAGCCAGAAGCAGCCUGGUGAGGCCAAGAGGGAUGUGCCAGCACCCACUGAGCAGGAGGAGACGCUGGCUGGGGGGGCAAGCAGAGCCCGUGUCCCCCAGCCUCCAGUGGGGACCCCAGCCCAGGGACCUCGAGAAGAGAAGCUGGACAGGGUGCCGGUGGGAGACAAACCGGCAGAAGCCAAGUUGCCUCCACGCAAAGAGUCCAGCCUCCCUCCCCGGGCAUACCGGCGGGAGGAAAGAGAGAGGGAGAGAGAAAGGGAACGGGAGAGAGAGCGAGAGAAGGAGAGAGAGCGUGACAGAGAGCGGGACUGGCCUGCUGACUCCAGCUACAGGGGCCGCGGGCGCGGUGAGUACUAUUCUCGCGGUCGAAGUUACCGUGGCAGUUAUGGAGGCAGGGCCCGGGGCAGCCGUGGACGCAGUCGAGGAGAAUACCCUUACAGGGAGGCCCGCCCUCGGCCCGAUCUGCCCCUGGCCACCUCCGGGGGCGUCGGCUUCCGCUGCCGUGAGGAGAGCGAGACUCGCAGCGAGAGCUCAGACUUUGAGGUUCUGCCAAAGCGGCGGCGCCGGCGAGGCUCCGACACGGACUCAGACAGCGAGGCCUGUGACUCGGCCAGUGAUACGGGGCCCUCGGACAGGGAGCCCAGUGCCAAGCCCGUCCGGCUCCGCAGGGACCCUGGGGAGGCGCGGCGUGGCUCUAAAGGAGUGUCUGGGCUGGUGGGAGGAGCCUCCGCUGUAGGCUCCACCAGCGCAACCGAUAAGGUCUCCUGCAGGGAGGAGGACGGCCGACCCAAACCCGGCUUCCUCCCCAAGGGUGAGCCCAUGCGACGCGGUCGUGGUGGGAUGUAUGGCCGCAGGGGUGGGGCCAGGGAGCGAGGAGCCCCGAGACCUGGUCCCCUGAGAAGGCUGGGACCCAGGGAGGUCUCACAGUGGCCCAACAAGCCAAUGGAGACUUUCCACCCAGAUGAGGCCGAAGCCUCCCGCAAGGAGAACUCUCCUGCAGACAGGAGGCCACCCAAGUUUGAAAGCAGGAAGUUUGGUGAAGUAGGGGCAGCUGCUCGGGAGAGGCCCCGAAGGCCACGGCCAGCCCGGCCCCCCAGGCAGGACAAGCCACCUCGCUUCCGGAGGCUGAAGGAGCGUGAGGCAGCGGUGAAGGCCGAGGAAGAGGCUCCCACCACUUCCGUCCCUGUUGCUGCUCCUCCAUCCGCUCCCAAGUCCUUAGGAGGCUCCUCGCCUGCAGUGGAGGCCUCUUCCUCUGAGCCGGCUCUUGCUGCGGAGGGGCCAGUAGCAGACACAGGGCCCUCUGUCCUUGCUUCUGUGAGUAAGUCCCCGGACCUGUCUAAUCAGAACUCCUCAGACCAGGCCAAUGAGGAGUGGGAGACGGCGUCGGAGAGCAGUGACUUCAACGAGCGCAGGGAGCGGGACGAGAAGAAGGGAGCACUGGACUCGGGGGCAGCCCCCCCCACCCCCUCAGCCUCCUCUGCACCCGUCCAGGGCUCUGCGGGCCAGGGGAAGGCUGCGGCGGAGGGUGGCGUGACCCCCAAACGCGAGGUAUCCGCUGCUGCUAAGAGGAGCUUCUCCAGCCAGCGUCCAGGAGACCGCCAGAACCGGAGGGGGAAUGCUGGAUCAAAGGCGGGCCGCGGCUAUCCGGGAGGCAAGGGUGAGCGGCGUGGAGGAGCCGGGGCCAAAGUGGCACGCCGAGGUGCUGCCCAGAACCCGGAUGCAGCGCACGGUGCCACGUCUCAGCGAGCGUCUAAGGACCCAGCAGGCCGCCGCAAGGACGAUGGCAAGCAGUCUGCCAAGAAGCCGAAGGAGAAGCCCGACGCACUGUCGCAGUUCGACCUGAACAACUACGCCAGCGUGGUGAUCAUCGAUGACCACCCUGAGGUCACGACCCUGGAGGACUUGCAGUCUAGCACUAAUGACGACGGCUUCACUGAGGUGGUGUCACGCAAGCAACAGAAGCGGCUGCAGGACGAGGAGCGCAGGAAGAAAGAGGAGAUGACUGUGCAGAACUGGAGUAAGAAGGGCUCCGGUGAGAAAGGCCGAGGUGGGGGCUCCAAACUGCCCCCCAGGUUUGCCAAGAAGCAACAGCAGGUCGCCCCUGCUCCUCAGCCCAGCACCCCCUCUGCAGUAGUCCCUGCCCCUCAGCCAGCAGAGGGCACCACUGCCCUCCCCGUGGCCCCUGACAACUCCAGCAAGACACUGCAGGCGGGGCAGGCUAACAGCGCCCUGGGCACGGAACUCUGGGAGAACAAGAUGAGCAGCUCAGCUGUGCUCUCCGACAUCAAGAAACUUGGACCCAUCAGCCCGCCCCAGCCCCCCUCAGUCAGUGCCUGGAACAAGCCCCUCACGUCUUUCGCUGGCAGCAUCCCGCCUGAGGGUGCAAAGCCGGGCACGGAGGGUGCUGCAGAUCUUGGCAUGGACACCAUCCAGUUCGGCGCACCGUCUUCGGCAGGCAGCACGGACAGCGACGUUACCCCUGUCCUCUUGGAGAAGAACUCUGAGAACAAGCUGCCUGAGCCCAAGGAGCAGCAACCAAAGCCGCCUAGGGCUGGACCUAUCAAAGCCCAGAAGCUGCCCGAGCUGAGCACCCCAGAGACAAAGGAGUACAAGCCAGGGCCCAUCGGCAAGGAGCGAUCGCUGAAGAACCGCAAGGCCAAGGACUGCAGGCAGACUGACGCAGAGUCCUUGGACAAGACGGGUCCUGUGGGGCCCCGUGGAGCCGACCCCAGCUCCCCCAGCAAGGAUGGCAAGGUCCCUGAACUGGGCGCCGACAUCGAGGGCAUGAUGGCCGUGCCAGCGUCAGAGUACGGAAGCGGUUCCAAGGAGUCUGUCAUGGAUUACACCACCCCAUCUUCAUCCCUGGCUGACAGCGUCCCCACAGGAAGUGGCAAAAUUGAGGAGACCCUGGUAGCUAGUGUGGCGCUGCCCCACCCCCUGCCCCUGCCCCGCCGAGAGGCUCUGCAGCAGAGCUCCAGCCUCACCACUGUCUCCCCAGCCACUGUGGACCUCACCCUCAAGAUGGAGUCAGCCCGUAAGGCGUGGGAGAACUCCCCCAGUCUCGGGGAGAAGAGCUCCCCUGUGACGUCCUCGGCCUCCCCCAUCACCAGCGGUGGGGGUGGCAACAGCGCCUCCUUCAGCUCCUUCUCCAGCGCCUCCAUGCCUCAGAUCCCCGUGGCCUCAGUCACGCCAAGCACCUCGCUCUCUGGUGAGGGACCGGCCUGCCUCCCGCCGCGGUCACGUGACCCUCAGCCCCCGGGCCCCCGGGUGACGAGCCUGUCCCUGUCAGGCUCGGGGACCUACACUACAUCAUCUCUGAGCACCAAGCCCACAUCCACCUCGGACCCCCCCAACAUCUGCAAGGUGAAGCCUCAGCAGGUUCAGAGCGUGGGUGUCUCCGGUGGCCAUUUCUCCCAGCUUGGCUGUGUGCCUCCCCUGCUCCCCCAGCAGCAGCAGACGCCCCAGGUCUUCGUGUCCCAGUCUGCUGCAGGGUCUGCAGGCCAAAUCCCAGCUUUCUACAUGGACACAAGUCAUCUGUUCAACACGCCGCAUCCCCGCCUGGCCCCGCCCUCCCUUGCCCAGCAACAGGCCUUCCAGCCUACACUCUCGCAGCCCACGGCCGUGCAGCAGAUCCCCAUCCCCAUCUACGCGCCCCUGCAGGGCCAGCCCCAGCACCAGCCCCAGCUGGGUCUCAGCGCCGGGCCGCCCGUCUCCCAGCCCCAGGACCUCUUUAGCUCUUCACUGCAGCCCUACAGGUCGCAGCAGGCUUUCAUGCAGAACAGCCUGUCCCAGCCCUCUCCCAUGAUGCUCUCGGGCACGGCCCUGCACAGCUACCCAGGCAUGCAGCCUCCUGAGCUGGGCAAGCCGCAGUCCAGUCUGGCCUUCCAGCAGACCUCCAGCACGCAGCACAUCCCCAUCCUGUUCGAGCCGCAGCUGAACCAGCCGUCGGGGCUGGGCGGCUCGCAGCUCAUCGACACGCAUCUUAUCCAGGCACGUCAGGGCCUCAGCCAGCACUCCAGUCUCUACUCGGGUCAGCAGCCCAGCCAGAGCAGCUUCUACAGCUCCACACAGCCCAGCUCCGCCCUCCAGCAGGUGACGGUGCCUCUCCCUGCCUCCCAGCUCUCUGUGCCCAACUUCGGCUCGUCAGGGGGCCAGCCUCUGCUGGCCCUGCCUCAGUCGCUGCCACCCACCCCUCCCCAGGCCCCGGUGCCCAGCCUUGGCCGCCAGCCCCCAGGGAGCCAGCCCUACCGAGGCCUGGUGAGCCAGAGCGCCCACGGCAUGAUGCAACCCUCCAGCAAGGUGUGCGAGAUGGAUAUGAAGCUGUUCGGCGGUGGUAUGGAGGUGAAGCCGGGGACGCCCCCUGUCAGCGCCAGGAGCACCACCCCCACCUCCAGCCCCUUCAGGGCAAGCUCCACCAGUCCCAGCAGCCAGUCCAGUAAGAUGAACAGCAUGCUGUACCAGAAACAGUUCCAGUCACCCACAGCUAGCAUCCGCAUCCCCCAGCACUUCCCGGGACAGUUCAACCCCCAGAUGCUGUCCCAGCCCAGCCUGGUGUCUCCGCUAGUCCGACCCCCCCACGGUGGCUCGUUCCCUAGUGGGGUGCAGAGGACUCCCAUGGGCCCGCCCAUGUCCCCCUCUGUGGGCUCUGGCCUCAUGUCCCACCCCAGACCACAACAUCCCUCCCGUGGCCCCUCUGGGCCUCCCAUGGGCCCCCGGGGAACCCAGGCGGCUCUGAAGGCCGAGCAGGAUUUGAAGGCUAAGCAGCGUGCUGAGGUGCUCCAGUCCACCCACAAGUUCUUCUCAGAACAGCAGCAGCAGCAGCAACAGUUAAAGGGGCCCAUGGGCAAGCCCAGCCGGGGGGAUGGGGCCGUGGGCAAGCCCGGCGACCCCUGUGCCCCUAACCACCAGGGUGGUGCUGCAGAGCGUCCCGACACCGACAAGCCUCCUAUGUCUGGGGCCAAACCUGUGCGGACCGGCCCCAUCAAACCCCAGUCCAUCAAGCCCGAGGAGGGCAAGUAGAGAGCUCAUCUGUCCCGGGGGCUCUCCCUGAUGGGUGGGGGUGGAGACUCGAGCCCCUCACUCAUCCACCCGCUGGCAUCACUCACAGGGCCGUGGGGGUAAGGUGAGGGCUGCCAUGUCCAGACAGGGCAGUCCCAUAUACCUGCUUCUCAUGCUCUCCCCCCACCCUCACCCCACCCCCUGCCCCAGAGGGUCAGUUGCGUGGUCAAUUUUUUGUGUGGAGCUGAGUGCCUCUCACCCCGUGGGGGGCAGGAGCGUAAAGAGCCGCAUGUUGGCCGAGUGGCGGCAAGAUGAAGUGUUUCUGUUUGCUGCUCAAGUCGCUGGGUUUGUUUUUUUUUUUUUUUUUUAAAUAUCCAUAUCUAAUUAAUUUUCCCCCCAUAUUUUAGAUAGAAUCAGACAUGAAUUAGGAUGGCAGGUUUUUUUUUUUAUUUUGUUUUGUAGUAAAAUCAAAACCUAAUACGAAAAGGUGUUUUAGCGAGCGCAGGCCAGCCCCUCCCCUGCAGAAACCAGCCUGACCGCAGAGCCAGAAUCAAGAGGCUAGCUGCUUUUCUGUUUCUCGCCCACAUCCCCCCUGCCCCCCCCCCCCCCGUGAGGAAUUGUAAUGCAGCUGCUAUCGGUCGCGGCCUGUACUGUAAGCCGCCCCCAUGACAAGUGUCACCCCCAUCCCAGCCUGACGCUGACAAUUCGGUUGUGCCCCGAUGCCAUGAUAAACACCCUCUGUCUGCUGGGUGCUGGCUCUCCACUCCCGGCUGAUCUCAGAUGUGCGCCUGUGUGGGGGUCCGGGAUGGGGGCAGGGGUCACACAUACACACCACCCCCCCACAUAUGUGUGUGUAUUAGUCUCUCUCCCUUGUGCCCAGGUAGUCGUCCUGGUGUAGACAGUUGAAAACGGUGCAGCCUUUAUAGGUGAAAUCAUCUUUAUGUAAAAGGGGGGGGGGGGGGCAGGGGGUGCCGGUUUUGCAGGGGAUUAAUUUUAAUUGAAUAAGCACCCUGUGUGGAGGGAUGCCAAGGUUCCUGUCCAGAGCUGCUGUUCUCAUGUUUAGGCAAAAGGGUGUUUUUUUUUCUCCUGUGUUGUGAAAUGACCGGUAGCCUCACCUAGAUGCCCCCCCCCCCCCCCAAAACGGUUUCUUAGCCCCCUGUCCCUUUGACCCCUGCCAGAACAAGGUCAGCCUGUACUGCUUGCCACCUUGUAGAGAUAGGAUGUUGCUCUGGAUGGUUGGGGGCAACCCCCCCCCUCCUUUUUUUUCUUUUUUUUU